AUGUCGCCCAGUGAACGGCCCGCAAGACCACUGGUUGUCCCGAGCCUGCUUCGCGACUCUGCGUUGUCUUGGAUGUCAAUGUGCAGAUUCGGUUGGUGUGUCGCUGCUGACGAACGCCUUCGACGUUGGCCAGCAGAGGCGGAGAAGGAGGAGUGGGAAGCCAGCGUGACUUUUGCAACGUGUGGAUACGAGCGGAAUUGUCAAAUGCCGCCCACGCGUAUUUUUAUCCGUGGUGCCGCCAAUGCACACUCAGCGCAGAUACCCCUGGUAGGUGUUCAGGGCUUGAUGGUGGAGCACUGCAGACGCAAGGUGCGGGAAAUGUUUAGGCCAGGUGGCUUCGGACUGAAGCUUCGAACGGUGCAGCGAGGCGGUCGCACGUUUGGCGGGAAGGAGGCGUCGAGGCUGCCGUGGAACGUCGAAGCUGAUCAGAGCAGACGACGAGAUAGAUGUUGCUGCAGCACACAGGGAGAGAAGGCGGCAGGAAAUGAACACACGCAGAAGAUGAGAUUACUCCCCAUCUAG